UGCAGUGUUUUUUCUCAGCAGUUUUAUCUCCUGUUAGCUACAGGGUGACAUCUUUCAGCUCAGUGAAGAGAAAACCAUCACUGUGUUUCCACUUCGUCGACGUGUGUGUGUGUGUGUAAGUGUGUGUGCGUGCGUGGAGAAAUCUAGGAAGUAACGUUAGCCCAACUUUUUCGACCGGGACAACGAGGAGGAGACGUUAAUCCUCAAUAUCUCACAGAAACUUUGAUUUAUUGGCGCAAUAAUGACGCCGAACUGCUGGGAAAUCAGUUUUUCAUAAUUUAAAACGGCGUGUUAGAAGUUUCUUGGUUCACCUUUUCUGGGAAGCUCAGGUGAAGAAAGUUUUUUUUUCCUGAGGUCGUGUGAUUGGGAGUUCGUUGACGCCAAGACGCAAGAAAUCCCGUGUUUUCUCUUCGCUGUUUGGGAGUUUAUCGGCUUUUAAAGAUGAAAUAAUUGAGUUUUCCUCGGAAGUGGAUGCUGCCAGAGAGUUGGGGCAGUGAGUUAUGCUGAAGCCUACCUCUGUCUAUCAGAAUGAGCACUACAGGUGGGGCCAGGCCCCCUGAGCAGGAUGUAGAGGCCAGAGUUGUGCAGAUCUACCCCAGGGUGCCCCAGGACACGGCAGCCUACUGUCCCCUGCAGGUCAGCACUGGGGACACGGUGAGGUCGGUCAUCAACAAUGCUGUGAUCACCCUGGGGCUGGACUCCAGCAAGAAGUACAGCCUGCUGGAGGUCAGGAAUAGCAGAGGAGAGGAGAGGCUGCUGGAGGCCAGCGACUGCCCCCUGGAGCUAGUCCUGCUGUGGCCGCCAGAGGCACAGAGAUGGCACCCUCAGAGCCAGGGGUACCACUUCAUUCUGCAGGAGCAAGCCAACGAUGGAGACAACCAAGAAGCAAGCAACACAGAGGAUUAUGACGACCUCUGCAACCUCGAAACUGUGACAGAGGAAAGCAUCCUGGAGGCUUUACGUCAACGCUUCUACAAGUUGAAAAUCUACACCUAUGCCAGCAACAUCCUCAUUGCCAUCAAUCCCAAUAAGUUCCUACCUGUUUACUACAACCCCAAGUACGUCAAGAUGUACGAGAACCAGCCACUGGGCAAACUGAACCCUCAUAUAUUUGCAGCAGCAGACGUGGCCUUCCGCACCAUGCUGAACAGGCAGGUUAACCAGUGUAUUGUUAUAUCUGGUGAGAGUGGAUCGGGGAAGACGGAGAGCUGCAGUUAUCUCAUCCACUGCCUGACUGCGCUCAGCCAGAAGACGUACUCCAGCGGGCUGGAACGGAUUAUCCUCGGGGCAGGACCUGUGCUAGCGGCCUUUGGCAACGCUAAGACAGCAGAGAAUAACAACUCCAGUCGCUUUGGGAAGUUCAUCCAGCUCAACUACCUGGAGAGUGGUGUCAUCCGAGGGGCAGUUAUUGAGAAGUACCUACUAGAAAAGUGCCGCCUGGUGUCCAGAGAUAAGAGAGAGAGGAACUACCAUGUGUUCUACUAUCUGCUGGUGGGAGCGUCCAAAGACGAGCAGGAGGAGUUUCAUCUGUUAAAGACUCAAGAUUAUCUCUACCUCAAGCAGCAAGAGUUCCAUAUAGACGAUGCAGAGAAACUUGGGAAGGAGUACACGAGGCUCCAUCAAGCUAUGGAGAUGGUCGGCUUCCUGGCCUCCACCAAGAAACACAUAUUCUCCAUCCUCUCUGCCAUUCUCCUUCUGGGUAAUGUGACGUACACAGUCUCAGAGGACUCUCAGACCCUGGAGGUCGGACCUGCUGAGGUCUUGUCCACACUGUCUGAACUGCUCAAGGUGAAAAGGGAGGUGCUGGUGAAGGCUUUGACCCAGAGGAGAGUGGUGACUGCCAAAGGCACCGUAGUUUCACAGUACACAGAACAGAAGGCCCCCAAAGUGCGGGACUCCAUGGCCAAGUCUUUAUACAGUGCUCUGUUUGACUGGAUCAUCCUUCACAUCAACCAUGCAAUGCUGAACAGACGAGACAUGGAGGAGUCAGUCUCUUGUUUGUCGAUCGGCGUCUUGGACAUGUUUGGAUUCGAGAACCUUCAAACAAACAGUUUUGAGCAGCUGUGCAUCAACUACACCAACGAGAAACUGCAGUAUUACAUCAACCAGAACAUCUUCAAGCUCGUGCAAGAGGAUUAUGUGUCAGAGGGCAUCACUUGGCAGAACAUCGACCACGCUGACAACAGCGGCUGCAUUCAGCUGAUGAGCGAGAAAACAGUCGGACUCUUUGACCUGCUGGACGAGGAGAGCGACCUCCCUGAGACCACAGAUGAAACCCUGUUGGACAAGCUGAAGCAGCAGCAUCAGGACAACCCACUCUUUGUACCAUCUUCAAAUGCAGAGCCGACUUUUGCCAUCCGACACUUUGCUGGGAGUGUUGAAUAUCACAUCAAGGACUUCAGAGAGAAAAACACAGAGCACAUGCGUCCUGAGGUUGUAUCUCUUCUUCGGAGCAGUCAGCGAGCGUUCCUGCAGAGCCUGGUUGCAUCCAGUCCACAGGCGCUGUUCAGAUGGGGCGUCCUGAGAGCCACUAUUCGCAUCCUCUCAGUAUUCAAACACAAGGCACGCCAGCGGGCAGAGCGGAUGGCUGCCAGACGAAGCUCCCGCAAAUCCCUCAAAGAGAUGAAACAGCGCAGCAGUACUGUGGACCGACUCUCCAGCACCAGCUUGACUCUGGAUUUCUCCUUUGAUCGCUCUGAUGAACAUCCUCUUGAUGUAUUUGAAGACAUCUUUGCCAGUUAUGAAAUGAGAAAGAAGAGUAGAGGCGGCCGACAGAAGCAGCUCAUUCCAAAGAACCUCAUGGAUAUGCGCUCACUCCAACAUAUUCUUGGUCUCACUGCCCAUGACCGAACCAGCAAAUCCAUCUUCCACCCUCACCUGAAAAUGAAGCCUCCUACUGUUAGCACUCAGUUUCAGGCUUCGCUCAGAAAGCUGAUGGAGACAAUUGGAAAAGCUGAGCCUUUCUUCAUUUUCUGUGUCCGCUCCAACGCUGAAAAGAAGGAGAUGCACUUUGAUGAUGAACUUGUGCUACAGCAAAUCAGGUACACGAACAUGCUGCGGAUAGUUCACAUCCAGAAGUCUGGCUACAGCGCCAGAUACACAUUUAUGGAAUUUGUUGACAAGUUCAGGAUUUUGCUCCCAAAAGGAGCAACAGCUACUCCUGAGCACAUAACGGCACUGUUUGAGAAGAUGGAGCUGAAUAAGUCCGCCUACCAAAUAGGAAAAACCAAGGUGUUCCUCAAGGAAAAAGAGAGGCAGCUGCUUCAAGACACUCUUAACAAAGAGGUGAUGCGUCACAUCAUCAUACUGCAGCGCUGGUUCCGUGCCUGUCUGAUAAGAAUGCACUUUCUGCAAAAGAGAGAUGCCACAAUGAUAAUACAGAGGAGCUGGCGUGAGUUUUACGAGAAUCAAAACCGAGCUGCCACAGUGAUUCAGACAGCCUGGAGGAGUUCCCUGAAGAAGUCAAAGCAGAAAUGUGAGAACAAGGACGAUGAGAAGACACCUGGAGCCCGGCUUGGACGGGACAGCUUCACAAAAGGAGAGUUAAGGAGGCAGCAUAAAGUGGAGCUCAGCCCCAACAGGAAUCCGCAGCUCGACCCAGUCAAUGGCCAGUCGACACAGAGGGACCGGAGCAGGGAGAAACAAGAGGGUAGAGGGUCCCCUCCUCCUCUCAAUAGACCCCUCUCCCUCCCUCUGGACACUAAAGUUAGCGCUGACGAUCGCUCCCCCAGCCCCAACGGGAGCAGCUCACUUCAGCGCUACAAAGAUAUGGGGGGCAUUAAGGAGAAGGCCGAGAAGUGGAAGGAAAGACAGAACGAGGGCGAACCCACAGAUGAGUCAAGUCCAGAAGUACGCCGGCGAAGAGACAACAGGAAAGCUGAAUUUAACCGCAAAGGGAAGUCCAUGUCUGUUGAUGAACUGUCCAGGAUCAGCUCAUCGGGCUCUGAUAGCUCACCUUCUACCAAUGAGGUCAGGGUGCGCUUCCGCAAGCAGCCCAAACGCAAGCGGCGCUUAGCCUACGCCCGCAGCGGUUUGAUGAUUAACUUUGGGGGCUCCAAGGAGAGCGAGUACUGGAGCUUUCCGCUGCCUCCCAUCAGCCCCCACGUAUCCAGCAUGAAGAGCUCGACCAGUAGCAUGGAUGUCCGGGCCCUACAUUCCCAGGUCGAGGUACCAGCAGAACCUGAUGGGUCGAGGUUCAGCCUUCCGCCCAAGACCAGCAACGAGGACUCAGGACAUCAGGAGUCUAACCAAUCACAACUCACAACGCCUGAGAGGGUUUGGUUUCUCAGCAGAUUCCUGAGGAAACGGGCUCCCAAAUCUUCCCCGAGCAAUGACUCUCCAACAGAUAAAUCCGUCACCUUGCCAAGGUAUACUCCACAUCCCUACCACACAUCAAACCAAAGCAGCGGGAGGGCCAAUCGAAACCCCACCAUUCGUAUCAGCCGGGCCACACGAGCAAUUGAGUGGAACGCGUCACUGGACCGAGAGAUCACAGACCCCAAGGAGCUACGAAACCUGGAUGAGUUCCUUGGAAAUCAGGUGAAUGAGCUGCGAUCAAGAAUAAAAGAGCUGUCGCCAACAGAGAGUGUCUUCCUCACAGCCACCAUGCAGUUCAGAGAGACCAUCAAAAGCAUGUACUCGGUCCAGAAACCCCAGAUCGCCUAUAAAGAUCUGAUGAAAGGCUACCAAAACAAAGUGAGCACACUAGCGGGGCCCAAGAAGUCAGAAGUGUCACUGGUGGUCAACCUGUUCCAGUCUGUGCUGGACGGCUUCAUCAGGGGCGAAAUGAAACGAAUGGAGUCUGAGCCAUCCAAGGCUACUAAGACGACAAAGAAGAGGAGGAAAAAGGAAAAAUGUCUUGAUAGUCCUCUGGAUCACCUGUUCAGCACAUACCAGGUGACCAUUAUGCAGUCAUGUGACUUGUGUGGCUCCUACAUAUGGGGAAUGGAGAAAGCCUACAUGUGCAGUGCUUGCAAGUUAAUAUGUCACAAGAAAUGCUUGAACAAAAUCAUCACAGACUGCUCAACACGGUGUGCCAGGAAGGACGACAGUUUACCGGGCUCCCUUCACUUCGGGGUUCAGGUGUGUGCCCUCACCAAUAAAACCACCCCCGUGCCCAAGGUGGUGGAGUUGUUGCUGAUGCACGUGGAGAUAAAUGGCCUCUACACUGAGGGCAUUUACCGCAAGUCGGGCUCAACUUGUCGAGCAAGGGAGCUCCACCAGAUUCUGGAGACCAAUCCAGAGGCAGCAUGUUUAGACAAUUACCCCAUCCACACCAUCACUGGUCUGGUCAAACGAUGGCUCCGAGAACUGCCUGACCCCCUCAUGACCUUUUCCCUCUACAGUGACUUUCUGCAUGCUGCGGAGCUGCCAGAGAAAGCUGAGAGAAUAAGGGCUGUGUACCAAAAGGUUGAUGAACUUCCACCUUCUAAUUACAACACAUUAGAGCGGCUCAUCUUUCACCUUGUCAGGGUUGCAAAGGAAGAAGAUCACAAUAAGAUGUCAGCGAGCUCUCUUGCUAUUGUGUUUGCCCCCUGCAUCCUGCGCUCUCCUGAUUCUGAUGACCCGUUCCUUGGCAUGAAGGACGUGGCUAAGACUACAAUGUGUGUGGAGACCCUGAUCACUGAGCAGUUAAGACGGUACAGCGAGAAGAUGCAGAAUAUCCAAGAGCUGGAAUAUGCAGAGGCUCUGGCUGUCAAUCAGCUCAAACUGAAGAGGCAAAACACGGUUGUUGAAACGCCUUCAGAGCUGGAUGUUCCACAGGAAAUACAACCUGACGACACAGAGAAGACUCUGAUUGAAAGGAUCAAGUCCAUUAAGCAAGAAAAGGUGGACUUGGCCUGCAGGUUACCUGAUCUGGAGCAGGAGCACUCUGACAACGAUAACCUGGACUCCUCGUCGUCGAUGAGCACAGAGAGUCUGGAUGAGCGCAUGAGGAGCCUGGACUCGGAAGGAAAGGUGACCAUGCGAUUGAAAACCCAGAAUCCUGACUGCCCACACAAACCCUCCGACCUGGCGCAGAGAGUCAGGAGUCUGAUGGCUCAGACAGAUGAUGAACAGAGAGAGUUCACAUCAGGACAAAAUACAGAUAUUACUCAACCCAUGUGUUUCCUGCCCAGCCCAGACAACCCCUCCUCAACCAACAAGCCCCAGGUCACCAGCGAGACUUUCAACGGGAGGUUUGACGACCUGGACAUCCCCUACAUAGAUGAGGACGAGGAUCUAACUUGAACGCAACACCACAAGUUGUAAUGAUUUGAAUAUUGUGUUAAUAGAGGACAUGUUGUGUCAAAAAGAACUGUGCACUUUGUUUUAAAGACUUUUCCAUUUGUCAAUGCUGCUAUGGAAACGGAGUGCUUUGAGAAUUUAUAUGUAUGUAACAGGGAAAUUAUACAGACUGUUCCUAAAGAGGUUUGUUUUUAUAACAGACCUGAAGAAGACCCAAAAGCAAUGAGUACUCACACUAUAUCUCUGUGUCUUAUUUUGUGUGAUUUUAAACAUAUUUCAGAAUUGUACGGUACAUGUUUUAGAAAAGAUAAAAAAUGGUAUUCAUUUCUGUGAAGUAGUGUGUCAUCUUUAUACAAAAAUAGGGCAUCUUGAUGAGGAGCAAUUUAGGAUACAAGUACCUCCUUACCCACUAAUGGACAAUAUUCUGAGCUUGACAACUAUGGUACUAAUGGGAAUUUUAUGUGGUUUGCAGGAAAAAAAAAGUUUUGUAUGUGUUCUGAAAAGUUCUUCCAUUGUACAUAGUGUGAUUCUUCAUUGUACAGAAUGUGAUGUUACAUAUUGGGCUGUCACUAGACAGUUGUGUUUUUCAGCUUUCCCUUAUCCUGCCGUGACUGACCACUGAUUCACUGAUGUACCUGUAAAGGAAAUGGUCAUGAUGCUGCCUGUUAAGACUGACUGAAAAUAUUUCCCUCUGUCACUUUUCUUGUCACUGCAAGUUGCAGUUUCACCAAGUAAAUUUUUUGUCUAUGCAUGCAUGCCUGUACAUUUUAUAAGGGUGAGGAAUUUAUGUAUAUUGUGGUGGACAUUGUCUGAUUUUGACUUUUGUCACCUUGCCAUUAAAACACUUUUAAGCAAA